AUGCUUCCCACAUUUCGGAAUUUCAGCUUAAAAGGUCGUUUACGCCUGACGUUGAAUGGAUUACGUAUACACAUAUACAAUCGUUUCAAAGCAUAUCGGAAAUUAAAGAAAGACCCUAAAUUUGAGAAACUUUUUGCAACAGUUUCACAGCAACAGCAACAUACCAAUGAAACUUUGCAUGCAAACGAACAUGUUAUGAGCAAGAAUAAUAAAUUUCUAAAAGAUUUUUGGGCGUUUGUCGGUACAAUACGUAUAUCUAUCAAAAAUGCCAGCGUGUACGUUGGAAAUCGUUUGCUACCCACUACGCUUGUCAUUUUUUCACACAAAAUAUUAUUUAUUGGACGAUUGGAACAAAUAAACAACGCUAAGCUAUUGGUGUGCUCCGUUAAUGGUUCUAACUUCUCAAUAUCUUUAAAUAAUAACGAAGAAUACGAUGAAACUGAUCCAUGGAAUCUGUGGAAACGGUAUAACGCACCCCGGACAAUGGGAAGCGGUUUUAAAGUUCUUCAAAAUGCUAAAGUGAAGGCUAUUUAUCGCGAAAAUAUCUUUGCUGAUCUAUCAUCGGAACCAAUUUGUGAUCUAAAUAUCGAUUUUGGCGAAAAUGUUGCUAUUGCAUACGGUCCAUGGGCUGAAGCAUGUCGCGUUGCUUUCACUAACUUUUUUUUCCCGACAGAUUUCGCUGACGCUACACCGACUGAAUUACCAAAAACUGGUGAGCGUAAAAUACCACUGAUAAUGGAUAUUACGUUAACAAUGAAUGGUAGAAUAACAAUAAACUUAUGGUUCAUGCGACACGACGAACUGAAUACUGUGGCUGUAAUCAUCAAAAAUGGUUUUUCGAUAAAAGUGGAAAAUCCAUUGGUGAUCGCUGAAGAAGGAUACAGAAUAGCAAUACGAUUCAGCAUGAAAGAUGUACAAUUUCUGCCAACUUCUGGAUUUCGGAAAUUAAUUUCAUAUGAGGAAUUGACCAUGGAGUGUAAUAUGUGCAUUCCAAAGCGAUAUGGACAACUUCAAAAAUGCGAAAUUUUGAUGAAAAUAAAUCGAGCUACAACAUGGUGUCUGUGGGAUCACGUUGCUUUCAUGCAGGACCUUAUUAGUGAAGUUUCGGCAUAUUAUACGGAAGAUUUGGCACGAUUUGUCCCACAAAUUUGGAAUUGCCGGAUAGAAUUCACUAAUGCAAAAUUCAUUUUUGUUACGAAUGAUAAAAAUUGGGUGGAUGCAAGCAAUCCAUCAAAUAACUUUCUGAUUGCUCUUGUUGCUAAACGAUUUACAAUCAGUUGCAAUUUGAAUAAGACUGAUUUCUGUCCUCAAAUUUGCUACUGUAAAUCCGAAAUGAUUGCCAGUGAAGCGGCUGCUAUAAAAUUUCAUAUGCCUCAAAGAAGUACAUUAUCACCAGUAAUACAUGCUGUUUAUGACAAUUUAUUUCGUUCCGUGAAGCAUGCAAGUAUUCAUGUGCCAACAGCUAUGGAUAUCGAUGGAGGUUGGUUAGAUUUUUUGCGUACUCAGCACAUUACAUUUACAUAUGAUUAUAAAUGGCAUCCGGUAUAUCGUCCGCAUCAAAGCGAUUUACCAACACGAGCUAAAACUAUUACAAUCCAAUAUCCAUCACAUCCAUUUGAAUUGGAACCUGAUUCUGUACAAAUAGAAAUUGUAAUUCAGUCACCAGAAUUGUUCCUUUCCGGUUUUGCCUUUUGGAUCAUCAAAAAUUAUAUCAACGAUUACUUUGGUCCAUACAGUCAGCAACAAUCCGAUUUGGAUUCCUAUCACAUCUAUGCCUCACUUUCUAGAAGACUUUAUGGUAACAUAAAACAUGAAAUUGAAAAAUAUCGACCAUUGGAUAUAAAAUUAAGCGUUCAGCUUCCGAAUGCUCAAGGACACUGUCUCACUCAUGCCAUGAAAACAACUGGUGAAAGCCCCGAUAGUUGUCCAAUAAUGAAAACUGACACCUUAGUCAUAGAAAUUGUACGAGAAAUUCGUGAUUUACGAUUUCAGAUGUUUAUUGCUGGAUUGCAAAUAUUCUUUCAAAAAUCAGAAUCAUUCAAGAAUUUUUACGAUGGUCUUCUAUCAAUUGAUCGGAUUGCUGUACGUAUGAAUUCGUUUUCAUCUGAACUGCAUAUUCCAUGGGAUGCAGGUGCUAUUGAAUAUGCAUGUGCAUGGGAAAUAAUCGUAGGUGAAAUUGCAGCUAAAAUUGAUCCAAUACAAUUGAAAUAUAUUUUGAUUCGUGUUGGUAUCGAUUUAAUGAAUGUUGUUAUCGUGGAAGAUUCUGCUAUGAUAUGCAUAUCAAUGGAACCAUGUCGAAUGUGUACCUGUAACUGUCAUGAAUGCUCCUUUUGCUCGAGCUUUUUAUUUGGCAUCCUUCAGUUAGAUUUCAAACAGUUUAUUAAAUGUUCGAUGAAUAAUAAAUAUGAUAAUGAAUGGCUUGAAUGUGGAUUGGCUCAUUUUCAAGAUAUCGAAUUUGAAAUUCGGCUACCAUUUUCGUCUAAAAAUUUAUGCUUGAUGAGUGAACGAAAAAAAUUUUUGAAAAUGCAUGACGAAUACACGAAACGAUUGUAUUUUUUAUGGCUGAAUGAGGCUAAAUGUGGUUGUUAUGGAAGUUUUGCAUUUUUUGGUGAUGACGAUUGCAGUGGUUGCAUUUUUAUGGCUGACUUUACGCAAAAACUUGCACGACCACAAAUUAACAAUGAGUCUAAACAGCCUGGUUUUGGUCAAAGUAUCAUUCGUUCAUCAGCAAAGUUAUUCGAUGAAAAUAAUUUGCAAAUUAUUACAUUUUCCAAUGAACAUAAGAAAUCAGGCACAACAAUUUAUCCAGAUAGUUCUGAUACAUAUCCGGGAACAACAAAGUCUAUGGGUACCUCGGGAACUCUUCUCGAUACUUAUCAUAAUUUUUUGAAUGUAUACCAAAUACAGUUCAAUGAUAUGAAGACACCAAACAUAUUCAAUCGAUUUAAAUUGAUUCAAAAUGGCAUUAAUAAUUUACAUUUGAUUGAUACAAGAGUAGAAAGUAAAAAUAGGGAAAAUAUUUCAUCAAAAGAUGAAGUAUCACAAUCGAUACAUACGCAAAAUGCGCAAAUAAUAUACGAUCAACGACCUACUGAUUGGGGUACUCAUCCUGAAAUUAUUUAUGGAUGGGGAAAUAUUUCUUCAGUAACAAAGAUCUUUCUUACACCGCUAAGUAUCGAAGUGUUACAACGGCUUAUGAAACGAGCUGAAAUGAUGCUAACAGCAAUGAAUCCAAUUUCGAUAAUACAACAUGCCUAUGCUUCAUGCGCUUUCAAAUAUCAUAAGCAACCGAUCAUCGAAAAAAGCAAUGUUUUUGCUCAGGAAUCAUUACUACCUGCGGUGCGUGCUCAUUUUGGUUUACCAUCUCUAUAUAUUACACUUUUCCAAGGAAAUAUUAUUGAUGAUAAGCUUCUAAAAGGUGGUGACAGGAACGGCAAUUCCACUCGCUCCACCGCCACACAUUGUACAGUCACGAUGAUUUAUGGACGGGAAUGUUAUUUGAGUGUUUCCUCGAAUAAUCAGAAUGAUGUGCAAAUGAUCUGCUUUGAUGUACAAACGUUUUAUCAUGCUCAAUUUGCAAAAAUUGCUUAUAUGAGAGAGUGUAAGCCUUUGAUCGAUGAUUGGCAAAUUAAUUUUUUAACAAAUUGGCAGAAAUUGGAUAUAUCAAAACGAUUACGACAUAGUAAUUUAAUCAUUCUUAACGAAUUAAAUGUACCAAAUAUUUUACUAAAAGGAUGUAUUAAUCGUCGAAGUUUAUUGCAUUUGAUUAACGGUAGUGAAAUUGUAAUUCGUAUAGGCGAGCCACGUUUAAGGAUUUCUUUUGGUAAUGAACAUUGGGAUAAACAAAGUGAUGUGACAUUACUACAGCAAGCACUAACAUCAUCACUGACAUCUUGGCUUCAUGUGCUUUAUCAAUUUCAAGAAUCUAUCCAUUGUACAUUAGUGAAAUACGAUCAAUGGGUUGAUUUAUGCAUGUGUAAAGCGUUAAGUGAAGCGUUGGAUUUACGCGAUGAUUUGAUUUUAACGGUGUGUCAAAGUUCAUUGAAUGAAGUGAAACAAUAUGCAACGGUAAUGAACGCAUGUGCAAGCUGUAAGCUAAUGCUUUUCUUAUUGCAUUGCUCAAUGCAUAAGGAUGAAACUGAACGAUAUAAUUAUUGGACGAGUCAUUCAUUAGAAUCAGAAUCUUUCAUUGUAUCAAAAUCGGAUCGCAAAUUAGCCUUAGUUGCGUUACUAAAUUCUUGGCAAAAAUUACUUGAACCUCAUAUUAAGAUUACCAAUGUUCAAACAGCUAAAAAGUACUCUCGAGAUUUAUUAUCGGAAAAUAUGCAAUCAAUAGUAGGAGCGUUUCCAAUUGCUAGUGAAGAUGCUAUAACAAUAGAGCGAGCUGCAGGAUCUACUUCAUCGCUAUCGGUCUUUGGUUCAACAGCAAAUCCAGGCAUGGCUGAAAAUCUCGCAAUGAAACAAUUCAAUAUUUUACCACUUGUAUUUUUUUGGCCUUUAUUCAAGACAUACUUAACUCAGUCGGUAAAAAGGAAAAAUCAAAUUGUUCAACAGCAAUCGUCUUUAUUUUUACUUUUGGAUACGAUAACCUUUGAUGCCGCAGUCGCUUACAAUAUUAUGAUGGAUAAUCAACAGUUAAAUGUAACAAAAGCAUUUCUGGCAAUAAACUUUGGAACGCUAUUCCCACGAAUUGAGGUAUUUUGCACGCAAGCAGUUUUUCAUUUGCUAAACGAAGUGAUGCAAAGCAUUACGUACUGUAUGGCUGACAAAGCACUCCUAACAUCAAUGAUUCAUUUGGAUGACACGCAGAAUUCUGUCAGCAAAAUUAGCGAAUCGAUCAUCAUUGAAGAUGAUGGAGGGAAGCAACAAAAAUGGAUUCUUACAAUGCAGAAUUUGCUACGUGAAUAUAAAAUUAAUACGUACACGAGUGAAGAACAGAAACCGGACGUUGCAGAAUUUUCCAUUACUGUUAAUAAUAAUGUAGUCAUUUCGGCAAUCAAAUUUGAAUCAAAAAUUAUGCAUCUUAUCCUAAUGCUAAGAAUUUUCAAUAGCAAGAUACAUCAUAAGAACGUAUAUUUCAUAGAUAAUCCAAGAAAAACAAUGCAGGAGGUCACAUUUACAAUUCAGGAUAUUAAAAUGAUGUUGACCGAGAAGGAAACUCCCGAUAUAAAUGCUAUAUUUCAUGGUUUACUCACUACAGUUACUAGCAUUUUUCGAAGGAUAUAUGAAACGAACGAUUUCCAAAAUGCUAUUCGUUUGACUGUGGAAAGUAUGAAGUUAAAUUACGUCAUUGGAAGUUCAUUUGUGAUAAGAACAGAAGAUAGGAAAGAGGAAGAAGAUAAAGAAGGAAAUUCGCUUGCAUCCUCGUCAGACGAACGACAACGAACGAAACAAACUCAACAAAUGGCUCAGUUUAACUUUGAUAUCGAAAUAUUGAACGGUGAAAUGAAUGCUAAAAUUUCUUCAAUUGUUGCGGCAAAAUAUAACUUCAAAAAUACGCGUUGUUUUGGAAUUUUUCCAAAAAAAGGUAAAGCAUCGAUUGAAAAUCAUUCUAUCACGUAUACAUCAUUUUACUCAAAAAAAGUACCAAAAUGGAUGCGAUUGGGAAGUUUUUCUAUCAAAUUACCAUCAUUAUUGGUCGUAUACGAAAAGUGUACUGUAAAUGAAAAUGAAAUCAUUCGAAUGGGUAAUAAAGAAAUUGUAUGCUCCAAUGAAUCGUAUGCCAAUAUUGUUAUCACUGUUGGAAGUUUGGAUCAAUCAAUAAACACCGAUAUAUUAAAUAUGCUACUAUAUUCACAUGAAACAGCUAUUGCCGAAGUUCAGCAUGUUAUGGAAAUUCUGUGUGCAAAUUCAUCUAAUAAAUCACCAUUUCUUUUCCAAUUACAGAGACAAAUACAGGGUAAUAUAUCAUUUUGUUUAAAUUUCAAACUUGGACAAAUGAUACGAAACGAAGCAUUUCAAGAAGAUGAAUUACGAGAGUUAGCUGACCUCACUACUAAUGAUGCUACCUAUGGAGUUUCAAUGAAGAUAACGCUAUUGUUUCGUGAUCGUACCACAGCAUGUAUACCACUUUAUAGUAACAACUAUCGACCAUUUACAUCUGCCCUCUUAUUUGGUUUAAAAGAUGCUGAAGCAAUAAUUAAAUUUGUACGACGAGCUAAAAUUGAAGCUAAAUUUAGCGAUUUUAAAUUUAUUUUCGUGGAAAAUUUUGAAUAUUCAAUGGAAGAAUCCUGGAUUAAUGGCCAAGAAGUCACAUCGACAAAUUUUGCAUUCUUUCCGCUUGGCCUUUGUAAAAUUAUUGUGAAAUCUUCAAGAUCGGAGCAAUAUAAGCAAGUAGCAUCUGUCCAAUGCUCAAUGAAAGGCCUUCUGUUUGAUAUUGAUAGUCGUAUUGGAAGUUUGAUUGGAGCGGUACGGAAUACAUGCGCAGCGGUUAAUGCAGAUCAAGAUGUUGAUGCUAGUGAAUAUGAACCGAUGAAAAUUGUGAUAAGCGAAUUGGAACGGGAUGAUGAUAUUAAUCCGAAAAACGAAUAUGCAUCAAUCGUAAAACCGGAAGAACGAAUUCGUUGGGUUGAACAAAAGAUUUAUGAGCAAACGCAAAGAUUGGCUGCAAUAAAAACUCACAGAACGGAUGUUGCAUAUCAGUGGGAAUUACGACGCUUGAAAAAACUUCAACUAAUUCGAGUGAAGCAAUUCAAGGAAUCGAUGCUUGAUCGUUUAAAACGGCAAAAAUUACGAGUGAAACAAUUUAAAAAGUCACCACCAAUUACAGAAGACAAAACAAAAGAUGAAAGUGAUGGUGAGGAAAAAUCGGACAAUGAAUCAGUUACAGGUGAGCAAUCUGUAAAAUUCUUUCGAGAAACUGCAACAAAUUAUCGAUCGAAAGGGAAUAUUGGCAGUGCAUUAUUAGGAGAGGAUGAAAUUCUGGCUAAAAUGAAUGAUCAUAUGAUGAGAACUGAUGAAAAAAUAAAUAACAAAUUUGCAUUUGACAUGCAGUUUUUUGGUGAAGCUGGCGAAUGCAUGCUGCGGAAUAGAAUUCCAACCGAAUUAACAAGUAUGACAAGUGCGGUUCCAGAUGAUAUCAAACGGCAUGAUGAAAAAAGUGCAGGAUGCACGAAGAUUUCAUUACCAAGGAAAAAAUCAACCGCAGCAAUAACAUCAAAGAAUACAUGCAUACCAUAUUUGUAUAUAUCAGCAAAUGUCGCUAAUAUGCCUGAGGAAACGGCUCUUACACCAGUUGUUGCUGAUUUCUUUCAGCAAUUGUUGGAAAAUUUCCCGCAACAUAUUCCUCAACAGGCAUCACUAUUUGACCUUUAUAAAAUUACCAUUCAAUUCUAUAAUUAUUUGAGUAUUUCAGAAAAUGAAAGUGAAACAUUCACUGUGACCAAUACGGAACCUUUGUUAAUGUACAUUCAUUCUAAAUUAAUGAUCAGUAUCUUACUAUCAAUAACUAUUCAGUCUAGCUCACUUCGUUUCGAAGCUCAUCAACAGAGAGCAGGUGCAAUGGAUCUUUUGUUACGGUUACCAUCAUUAAAGCUUGUUGCAUCGGCUCAAAACGAUGGUAUCAACAAUGGAUUAGAUAUUUCAUUAACCUUACAAUCACUUUCCGUUUGCUUUUAUAAUCCACGCCAGCCUUCUCCGCUGGAUGCAUUUGCACUUACAUUAGAUAAAUUCAUUGUUGGUAUUUCACGUACGAGCGUAUUUCUGAAUGAUAACUCACAUUUCAAGAUCACUUGUGCGAUUGAUAUUGGUCAAGCAACUUUUACAUAUGAUAUGCGGAAACUUUCUCAAUUAAUCGCUUUUCCAGCUCCAUGGUAUCGCAGAAGGAUUGCACAACGCCUUCUAUUUAAGCAUGGUCAAUUUUUAAGAAGCCAAGGUGUCGGAGCUGGUCGAUCAUUUUCAAGACGAACGAGCAAAUUGAUGAAUAAAUUAUCAAUUGAAGCAUCAGUUAGCGUCCAUUGGGAAGCUUUCAAAGCGAAAAUUCAAAUGUCUAGCGCGAUGGGUGAUACAAACUGGAUUGUUGAUAAAAUUUCUGCAAAAACUAUAUUUUGCCUUAAACCGUUGGUUGAACGACGAUUGAAUGUAUGCUUUGCGGCAUCAUUUCUGGAACAAGAAGCAAAAGGUGGUGCUAUUUCCGGAUCAUUACGACUUUCUAAUACUGCAUUCGAUUUCAGCUGGAUAUCACUUUGCAAUAAACCUACGUUAUUUUCAUCGAAGAUAAACUUCACAAAAUUAGAAAUACGAAUUGUCUGGAUGGGUCGUGUAAUUAUUAUUGUAUUAUUCGAUCAGCCAUCACUUCUACUUCAUGAUGAAUGGAAAUUAUAUAAUGAUCAAGAUGGAAAGAUAAAAGAAGCAGUUAUAAUGCUUAACACAAUUUUGAAAUAUUCUAAACUACAAGCUAUUAUCACUAAAGCUACAUUAAACAGCAUUGAUAGCAUCAUCCAAAAGCUUAGUGUAUUCUUUAAGGAACAAAUGCAAGAUAGUCGUGUAUUACUUAAUCUAACAAAUAGUACAGCAUCAUCAGCAAUUAACAGUGAGGAAAAGUUGUCGAAAAUAUUUCACUGGGCAACAGUUCUUGAUUUGGUCACUGAUAUGCAAAUGAAGAGUAAAACAUUUCCGAUACCUAACGCUAGUAAUGGAAGGACAAUUAUUAGUGGACGAUUUAUUUCUAUCGGACAGCAAGCUUCAUUGGUUCUAAUGGAAGGUGAAAUUACGGCGAAUCGUUGGGCACUUUUCUAUCUCAAUCAACCAACAUUAAUUUUCUCGAAUGCUGCACAAUAUGUAUUUCUCGAUGACAAACAAACUAUUGGCAUUGAUUUGUCCGAAAAGUUAAUGCUCAAAUUAAGUGGUGUAGUGAAAGAAAAUAAACCUCAUGAUGGCAAUUGGACAAGUGUUAUUUGUAAAGUAGAGCGUCGUAAAGAUCAAAUUUGGCCAAAGCAUGCAACAGUUCAGGAAUGUCUAGCAUUAUGCAUCGAUGAACCAUUGGGGCAACUUUUUUCACUAAGCCACCAUUCAAACGAAUCUCAACCAACAGUGCUCGAGCUAUUCGAAUUGCCUGCAAUGGAUGCUAUUUUCACGAGUAAUCAAAAGAUACCAAUUCAUUCAGAAAAAUUACGAGACAUUAAAUCUGAAGUUUUAUGCAGUUUCAUAUGUGACUUCCAUCAUCCGCUUGGUGUCCAAACUGACCUUACAACACAAAUUAACUUUCUUCCUGAAUUACUUCGAUCCUAUCUUAUCGAACAGGAUAAAGAAAUUGAAAAAGGGAUAAGAAAAUCAUCCAUGGAAAAAAUUAGGAAAACUGAUCAGCGACAGUACAUUUGCAAGAAAUGGAAAGUCGAUCCAAAGAUACGAUUCAUCGAUAAGGUUAAGUGGGAUCCGCCAGUUAUUGACGAGAUUCUGCGCAAACUACAAAUAUUCGAUCAUCGAAACACUAUACCCAAAGUUGUGCAAAGGCAUAUACUGGAUCAUUGCGACAUGUUUGCUUCAAAAGCUCUUCUCUGUGUCGUGGAAACUGCGAAAGAAACUUCAGUAAAGAGUGAUCCAACGUCCAAUAAUCUUUAA